CUCAAAAACAAGUUUUAGCAUAAGGUAGAGGUGAGUCGGGGUCUUGGACGUUGAAGGGAGAGGGACCCCCUACCUACAGCAUCUGACAGCCGACGGAGUGAGAUCAGGAGGUAAACGCUUCCAUUUGCCUUCCGCCAUGACUUCGACCAUAAACCUGGGGCCUUCAGCCAACCCAAAUGCCAAACCCACCGAUUUUGAUUUCCUAAAGAUAAUCGGGAAAGGAAGUUUUGGAAAGGUCCUUCUGGCCAAGAGGAAAUGUGACAAUCGCUUCUAUGCUGUGAAGGUCCUUCAGAAAAAGACCAUCCUAAAGAAGAAAGAGCAAUCUCAUAUCAUGGCGGAAAGGAAUGUUCUGCUCAAGAACCUGAAGCAUCCCUUCCUGGUGGGAUUACACUACUCCUUCCAGACCACAGAGAAACUCUACUUCGUCCUGGACUAUGUCAAUGGUGGGGAGCUUUUCUUUCACCUACAAAGAGAGCGCUCUUUCCUGGAGCCCCGUGCUCGUUUCUACUCUGCAGAAGUUGCCAGCGCCAUCGGUUACUUGCACUCCCAAAAUAUCAUCUACAGGGAUUUAAAACCGGAAAAUAUCCUUCUGGAUAGCCAGGGACAUGUGGUGCUGACUGAUUUUGGACUCUGUAAGGAGGGAAUGGAACCAGAAGAGACCACCUGUACCUUUUGUGGGACCCCUGAGUACUUGGCCCCUGAGGUCCUGAGAAAGCAGCCGUAUGACCGCACAGUAGACUGGUGGUGUCUGGGAGCUGUCCUGUAUGAGAUGCUGUAUGGGCUGCCACCAUUUUACAGUCGGGAUGUGUCCCAGAUGUACGAUAAUAUUCUGAACCAGCCUCUGCAGCUUCCAGGAGGAAAGACCACAGCCACCUGUGACAUUCUCCGUGGACUGCUCCACAAGGACCAACACAGCCGUUUGGGAUCCAAAGCCGAUUUUCUUGAAAUCAAGAAUCAUGUUUUCUUUAGCCCAAUUAACUGGGACGACCUGUAUCACAAGAGGAUCCCUCCACCCUAUAACCCCAAUGUGGCUGGCCCAGGGGACCUACGGCACUUUGAUCCAGAGUUCACACAAGAGGCUGUCCCGAAUUCAGUGAGCCGUACCCCCGACCUCAACCUCAGCAGUUCCGGCAACUCCAGCGCUUUCCUCGGUUUCUCCUACGCACAAAGCGAGGAUGAACUUUUAAGCUGAGUGUCCUGUGGCUUCUAAAUGUAACUAUAUAUAAAUAGUGCAGUUUAGGAGUACCUCCAGUACUUCUUCUUCAGGCUGGAUCAUUAUGGAUAGCCUCCAUUCAUUACAUACGGAUAUAUUGUGGUGUGACCUCUACUCAACUCCACCAAUACUGGAGUAGAGAAGUUCAGGAUUCUCAGAAUGUAAAACCAGCCUUGUAAUUAUACCAUAGCAAUUUAGGAAAUAUAUUUACAUAUACAGAUGUAGACCAAGUGUGUGCUGGGGGCUGUAUGAGUAAAGAUGUGAGUAUUAGACCACUGCCUACUUGCUCUUCAUAUACUCUCCUCUCCUAGUUAUUG